GAGGCGUCUCCGAAGCCGCCAUCUUAGGAAGGGAAUGGGGGGUUGGCAAAACAGAUUUUGAGGGUGUGGACAAUUACGUAAUAGGGGCAUUUCAAGCUCUUUUCGUUUGUAGCCAUUGUGGUGAGCGGUUGGUGGAGUUUGAGUAUGUCUUCCCACAAGACUUUCAAGAUCAAGCGGUUUCUCGCUAAGAAGCAGAAGCAGAACCGGCCCAUCCCGCAAUGGAUCCGCAUGAAAACUGGCAAUAAAAUCAGGUACAACUCCAAAAGGAGACACUGGAGGAGGACCAAGCUCGGCCUGUAAAGAGAAGCAGCUCCAAUCUUACCGGCACAACCCUGAAUGGUCUCUUCCUACCAACCUGCCACAUUAUCAGGGCUGGAAUUCUGUCUUGUGCUGUGCAGUCUCCCCCCUUUGUAAAAAUAUUUGUUAUUACAAAUAUUAAUGAACUAAAAACUGAAUGAUG